UCUUUUAAAGAUCUGCACUUCCGUCUUCCGCUGCAGCGCUUGCUGUUGUUUGAUCACGCGCUGGUUUGAGCUGUUUUGUGCCUCGAAACUAACUGAAAUGUUAAUCAUAAAAUCUUGAGCCUCUUUCCGCAUCAUUUUAUUUAUUUUAUUUUUUUCAGUGUGAUAAAUAUGUCGUCGAUCGUGAACACUGUACACGCGGAGUGCAACGGAAAGGGAAUAGGGGAUCAGGAACAUCCUCGUGUGCUGAUCCCAGAGCUCUGCAGACUCUUCUAUGAGUUGGGCUGGGUGACAGGAACCGGGGGAGGAGUAAGCCUGCGGCAUGGUGAGCACAUUUAUAUAGCUCCCUCAGGUGUUCAGAAGGAGAGAAUACAACCAGAAGACUUGUUUGUGUGUGACAUUGAUGAGAAAGACAUCAGUUGUCCACCUCCACAGAAGAACCUGAAGAAAAGCCAAUGCACGCCCCUCUUCAUGAACGCCUACACAAUGAGAGGAGCUCAGGCAGUUAUCCAUACACACUCAAAGUCUGCUGUCAUGGCAACUCUCAUGUGUCCUGGCAAGGAAUUCCGCAUCACGCAUCAAGAGAUGAUCAAGGGGAUUCGAAAAGGAAACUCUGGUACAAACUACAGGUAUGAUGACACUCUAGUUGUUCCAAUUAUUGAGAACACCCCAGAAGAGAAAGACUUGAAAGAGCGCAUGGCCCGAGCCAUGGAGAUGUACCCCGACUCCUGCGCUGUUCUCGUCCGCAGACAUGGGGUCUACGUCUGGGGAGAGACCUGGGAGAAAGCAAAGACAAUGUGUGAAUGUUAUGACUACUUAUUUGACAUAGCUGUGCAGAUGAAACAAUGUGGCCUGGAACCCUCUGCUCUUCCCACUGAAGAUAAAGGCAUUGUUUGAUACAUUUGAGUUUUCAACAAAUGUUAGCUCUAUGUUUUCAAAAUAAUAAAUGCUUAUUGCACUUUUCAAAAUGUACAGUUCAGCAUUUGAAAUUGAAUUAUUUUUAUUAUUCUUUUCAAUAUUUUUUACAAAGUUUAAUGUCAGUUACCUGCAAACAGAAUGAAAUAUUAGAAUGGCUAGCAUGACAGUCUACAGCAUUCUGAAACUAAUUAAUGUCAUUCUUUUUGUGUGGAUGCUUUGAUGCUUAGCAACAAUGGCAUCAUAAUGUCAUGAUUAGCAUUUGUUGCCUAAUUUGGCCGCUGUUUGUGUUCAAAUGAAAUUGCUAUAAAAUAAAAGUGCUUAUAAUUUAUAUUUUUAUUGGUUUUCUGCA